AUGUUGCAAGAACUCUGCAGGAUCAAUUCCUACAACGCUUGGGUCGUGGUCUUUGUGGCCAUCAGCACCAUCGCCAGUGCUUAUGGACUGGCUAUCAUCGGUUCGACUGUCGGAGAACCCGGCUUCUACGAUUACUUCGGUCUCGCCGCUGAAGGAGAGCCAGGAUAUGACCAUACCACCAACAUGGUCGGCGCCUUGAACGGCGUCAAUUCAGCAGGCAACAUCGCAGGAGCAAUCCUCCAAGCCUGGACAGCAGACCUCUUCGGACGCAAACGAACCAUUCAGCUCGGAUCAAUAGUCUUAGUUGUUGGCGGUGCACUAUGUGCAGGGUCCGUGCCCAUGGCCAUGUUUUUGGUCGGCCGUUUCAUCGCCGGUAUGGGCUCCGGCAUUCUUACUUGCAUCGUCCCCAUCUACCAAGCAGAGAUCUCCACUGCAGAAACCCGUGGUGCAAUGGUCGCCAUGACCGGUGUCAUGUACUCGAUGGGAUACAGUCUUGCUGGCUGGCUGGGCUACGCCUGCUACCACAUGCCCUCGAACAGUCCCGCCGUCUCGUUUUCCUGGCGCUUCCCGCUAGCCGUGCAGGUACUCUUCCCCCUCAUCGUCCUGGCAGGUAGUUCCUGGAUUCCCUACUCGCCCCGCUGGCUCCUCCAGCAAAACCGCCGCGAAGAAGCCUUAUCCAUCCUCGAGCGCCUGCACGAAAUCCCUGACGACCCGCAGCACGUUAAAGCGCACCGCGAAUUCGAUAUGAUUGACGAACAGUACGCCCUCGACCAAGCCCUUAGUCUAAAGCGUCGCUUCGAGCUCUUCCGGACAGCUCCCAACCGCCGUCGCUGUCUUGUCGCUUCCCUGCUCAUGUGGGGGGACCAGUUCUUGGGUGUCUAUGUCAUGACAAACUACGGUGUGAUCAUUUACGGAAACCUGGGCCUUACGGGAUCAAUCCCACUACUCCUAAACGCAUGCUGGAACAGCUUCACCAUGAUCGGAAACAGCUGGACAGCGUUCUCAGUCGACCGCUUCGGUCGUCGAACAUACCUCAUUAUCGGCACCAUGGGUUGCAUCGUCUCACUCGCCUUCCUCUGCGCCUUAUCCGCAGAGUACCUAGACACAAGCAACAUGCCCGGUCUCCGCGCAGCGGUAUUCUUUAUGUUCUUCUACAUUUUCUGGUGGUCAUUCUUCAUGGACGCCACGCAAUAUGUCUAUGUCGCCGAGAUUUUCCCCAACCAUCUCCGUCCACAGGGUGUAGCCCUAGGUCUCACGGUCUUCUACCUCGCCUCUGAAGUAACUCUCGUCGGUGCACCUGUGGCGCUUAACAAGAUCGGGUGGAAAUUCUAUCUCGUCCUGAUCGUCCCCUCCGCUUGUUAUCUGGUGGCUAUGUAUUUCCUGUUCCCCGAGACAAAGGGCCAGACCCUUGAGGAGAUCGGGGCGUUGUUUGGGGAUGACAAUAUGUACCGGGAAGAUUGA